GAUGGCGGCCGUCGCUUUGGGCUGGGCGCUGCGGGCCGCUCAGCAGAUUCUUCCCUCACCUUACACAAGGCAAGUGCGGGGCCACUAUGUGGACUGGAGGAUGCUGCGGGAUGUCAAGAGAAGGAAGCUGGCAUAUGAGUAUGCAGACGAGAGGCUGCGGAUCAACGCCAUCCGGAAGAACACCAUCCUUCCCAAGGAGCUCCAGGAAGUGGCUGAUAAGGAGAUCGCUGCCUUGCCCCGGGACAGCUGCCCUGUGAGGAUCCGGAAUCGAUGUGUCCUGACUUCCCGCCCACGCGGGGUGAGGCGGCGUUGGAGGCUCAGCAGAAUCGUUUUCCGCCAUUUUGCUGACCAUGCUCAGAUGUCUGGGAUACAGAGGGCGAUGUGGUAGAUCCGCAUUCAGGUAGAAAACACAAACCAGGUCCCCUUUGUGUGUUUGAGUAAUUAAAGCAAGGUUCCUGUCUGUGAGUUUUGCAUCAGUAUCAGACCAACAAGGGAAGGGUAAGAAUCCUUGCUGAUUCAUCAGACUAGCUUUCUGGAUUGUGAUUGGUGUCACUGAGAAGCAGCAGCAUAAUUGCACUAAAGUGAUCUGUAUGAGAGGCAGCUUCAUUUUGAGGUGAUCUGGGCAGCAUGAGAAAUAAAGACAUACAGCACAAGGCUUGUUAGAGCAUU